AUGUCGUUACCGAGGGAGCUUGUCUCCAUCCUGGAGCCUUUGUUGGCUUACCGGGUUGGGGACUACUCCCUCAAGACUUCCUAUAAGUCACAAUCGUCCACGCUCUCCAUCACCUUUGACCUCGGUCAAAGGAAGAGGCCCCUGGUCAAACCCCCGGCCAAGACCAAGCCUCAGAUGGCCCGCACCCCGGCCCCUGACCCUCCUGCACCCCGCCCGGCGCAGAAGAAGAGGCCCACACGGGAAAAGAAGACCCUUCCUCCAGUCCUGGACAUGGAGAUAGAGGCCUCCCUUCCCACCACCCCGCCUCCCUCGGCAGCUGCGUUGGAACUCGCUCCACUCGAAUCCAGAGGGGAAGAGCCCUUCCGUUCGCCCGAGGGCACCGGACACGGGAGAAAGAAGAGGAAGAGGGGAGAAAUCCCAUCUCCCGAACCAGCCUCCCGACCACCCACCACCACUGCGUCCACGGAUUGCCAGACCUUGCCGCCCUCCCUGAGCGACAGCUGCAUCCAGACCAGUCCACCAGAGCCCCCCUCCCUUAGCCACGGCCAGACCCAGACCACCCCGGUCCAGGUCGAGGAUAAGACCCUCAGAACCCAGCUUCUGGAGGAAGCUCACAACGUCAUUCGGUAUUACAAGGCUCCCAACACGCCCAAUACAACCCACCUCCACCGGCACAACAGAGCUGAUGCCCUCAUCCGACACCUCCGGAGCCCCCUUCAAGCUGACGCAGCUGCUGGGAACAGAGGCUUUCGAGCACGAGAUCUACAGCUACCAAGAUCUCUCCCACUUCUUCUUGGACUGCGACGUCAGGGCCAACAAGCACUUCGUCGCUCACUGCGCCGCCCUCCUCACCAAGAACCUCGUCAAGACGCCCAACCCCAAGGAUGA